UUUCAAACUCUGGAAACCAAAACAGAACGUUAUUCAAUGUUUAAUAUGGUAUUGCUUUGUUUUUAUUUUCUGCGAUUUUGUAAAAAUGAAUCUCCUUUCCGAAAGCAUUAGUCCCCUACUUACUUUAGAUAAACUAGAAUUACUUAAAGCCCAUAAAGUUUUGACUUCACUUGACUUUGUGCAGUACAAUAAUGACAAAAUUGCUAAUUUGAUCGGGCAAAAUGUUAGUGAAAUCAUAAAAAUAAAAGAUCAGAUUCUAGCAGCUAACAACAGCAAACCAUUAAGAGGGGAUAAAUUGUAUGAAAUGCUCUUAAAAAGAAUGACCAUCAUCACGAGUGGAAUUGAUAGAGUUGACAAAAUGUUGGAUGGAGGCAUUCCAAGUGGAAGACUAGUUGAGGUAUUUGGGGAACCUGGAUCUGGAAAGACACAGCUGGCAUUACAAUUGACAGCAAACACUGCACUUAAACAGCAACAUAUGGUUUGCUAUCUCACAACCUCUGAUGCAAAUGCUGAAAGAACACUGGAAAUCAUGCAUAGUUUACAAGAAGAUGGGGACCAUAUGAAAAGUUUAGAAAGGAUCCACUUCUGUUAUGUGAAUGAUGUUUAUCACCUGAUGGAAAUGUUAUGGGCUCCAGGAAUGAGGGAGUACAAGCUUGUCGUCAUUGAUAGUUUAGCCACCUUAUUCUUACCAAUUCGCGGUGACUCGUUCAAUGAUGCCAUCAGCUUACUUAACAAAGUGGCCAGCGAUUUGAAACGGCUAGCUGUAGUACAUCAGUGUGUCGUGCUGACCGUCAACCAUGUUUCAAGGGGACCUGCCAAAGGAACAGCAUCGACUCCAACUCCUUUCCUUGGACGCUAUUGGUGCAGUGUCCCUAACCUGAGAUUACACAGCAAACACCUGAACAAAGACGAAUUUCAACUCACUGUCGUGAAAAAUAUUUAUAGCCCUGAUCCAGGGCCCAACUGUUGUUUUUGUUACUUUUUUAGAAGUCGAGUUGACAUGAAAAAUGAAUGCAAAUCGAUUUCGCCUCAUAUCUAAUUGUUGAUACUCAUAUUACGCUGUAUCCUGUGAUACCCGAUAUAAGUACACAAUACCAAAAUAUCCCUAA